GAGGCGGUGCUGCAUUAGUUUCAGCACGGAAUCAGGUUGCGCCUUUUUACGACCUAAAUUUCUCGUGCUCCGUCUGUUAAAUAAUUUGAAAGGAAAAAUGUUAUUUCAAAAGAUGUAGUUUCCGGCUAUGUGUUCUAGUUUUGAUAUUGUUUUUAGACGGGCACAAUUCAAGUAAAUUCAAGCAAGAUUGUCUUAUGUUAUAUACUUUAAUUCAUGCUUGUUUUGUAUGAGUUAAACUUUCACAAGACAAUAAAUUCGGUGCUCUGUAAAAUGAAAUUUUGAUACCUACGUCGAACACUCCGAACUCUACAUAAGUCUAAAAACAAUACAAGUAAAGUAAUGUAGAUUAGUAGUUAUAUGGUCGUAUAAGACGAUUUUAAGAUAAAGUAACUUAAAUUUCAUAAGAGAAUUGAAGAUGGAAGCAUACAACACGAAGACCAAGAAGGUGUUGAAAAUUUUAUUGCAAGAAAGGGGACUAAAAACAACAGGAACGAAAGACGACCUCAUUAAAAGACUCAUCUCAUCACACAAGACUUCACAAAUGGACAUUGAACCUGAAGAUAGUGCGUCACAAAUUUCAACGUCUUCGUCAUCAAGUUUCAUUAAAAAUCAGCGAGCCGUCGACACGGCGAAAAGGGCGGAGCUAGAAGCACGAUCGAGCAUUCUUGAAGAAAAACGGCGUCUACUCGAGGAAGAGUUACGUCUAAAAUUACGACAAGAGCAAUUAAACAUUGAAGAAGAAUUAGCAGCCAUUCAUGCCCGUGAAAAAUAUUUCGCUGCGAGUGAUAUAAUGGAAAAUACUGAUGAAACAACUCAUUUACAUCAAAUUCAGGUUCCUGGCACAUCUUCACAAUUUGUUCACUCUGAUGUUGGUCACAGCAAGACGUGCGGUGCGCAAAUGUACGACAUGGCAGAAACUAUGUUACGACAACAACGAAGAAGUUCCCUACCGAAGACCGAAAUAACGAAAUUUAAGGGUGAUCCCAUGGAAUACCCUAUGUUUAUCCGUUCAUUUAUAAGCCGUAUCGAAACCCAAACUGAGAACGACGCCGAAAGACUUUAUUUCUUGCUUCAAAGCGUAACAGGAAAACCACAUGAAAUCGUGAAAGGAUAUAUGCACUUACAGCCAGACAGAGGCUACAAGGAUGCCAGGGCGGCACUGGAUCGCAAGUAUGGCGACGAGCAUCGCAUUUCUUCUGCUUAUGUUGAUAAAAUUCUCUCUUGGCCGCAGAUGAAAUCAUUGGAUGUUGACUGUUUGGAAGAUUUUUCAAUUCUAAUUCGAAGCUGUAAAAAUGCAAUGGAAUCUCUGGGCGCUCUCAGCGAGGUAAAUCAUCCUAGGAAUCUUCAGAAAAUCGUUGGCAAGUUACCAUAUCAGUUGCAAGAAAAAUGGCGUCAGCUAGUGUUUGAAAGUUCGCAACAAAAUAUGAAGUCAGAUUUUGGAGAUAUAGUUGAAUUUGUGGAGCGGCAAGUGUGUAUAUGCAGCGACCCAGUGUUUGGAGUGAAAGAAAUGAUGGAUGCAAAAUCAAGCCACGGAAAAUCGUUCAAAUCAACAUUUUACACUGCAACCACAAAUUCAGACGUGCGAUGCUACGCAUGUGACGAAUGUCAUACAAUUGAAUCAUGUCCUGUUCUACUUCAGAUGGAUAUAUCUGCAAGGAUCGAGAAAAUAAAGGAGAAACGACUUUGUUUUGCUUGUCUUCGUCCAAAUCAUGUAUCGAAACAUUGUAGAAGGCGAAUGCAAUGUCGUCAUUGUGACAAAAGGCAUCCAUCUCUACUGCACGUGGAAUUCAAACCCGUCACCAGACCUUCCCUUCCGCCUCACCAUGACAGUGUCAGUACCGAUCCAAAUUCAAGUACUCCACAAAACAAAUUAUGUGGUGGGACCAAGGCAGUCACUUCAGGCACAGUUCUACCAGUCUUGCCGGUACAAUUAAGCGUCUCAGGCAAAGCCCCUGUCAAGACAUAUGCAUUUUUGGAUAACGGCAGUCAAAGUACAUUCAUAACGGAAGAGUUACGAAGUCAGUUGGGUCAAACUGGAGAAGAGACGCUGCUCACUAUUACCACAGUAGAACAUACAGCUAGCCCGGUUAAAAGUCGACUGGUAACGGGGUUACAUGUAGCUGAUGUCAACGGUAACAACUCUCUUCCGUUACCACCAGUAUAUACGAUACCAACCAUUCCAGUUGGAGACCAAGAUGUAGCAAGAACAAGUUUGAAGAAACAGUGGUCUUAUCUAGAAAUUGAAAUCCCAGAAGUAAAGGCGGAUAAAAUUGGAAUAUUAAUAGGAUGCGACUGCCCGAAAGCAAUGGAGCCAUGGGAGGUAAUCCACAGCCAAAACGGUGGCCCUUACGCCUUGAAAACUUGCUUGGGCUGGACGGUGGUUGGCCCCAAGGUAAUGUCCGAAGUCAGUUACAAUGCAGCAGACGUUAAAGUGAACACAGUACGAUUGGAAACAGAAAAGUUACAAGAAAUGAUGAUCACAAUAUUCAACAAUGAUUUCACAGAUAAGACUGCUACGAUGACGGGGUAUGAAAACAUGUCACAAGAAGAUAAACUUUGGAAGGCCAAGGUAGAAGGGAGUGUGCAAUUGAAGAACGGUAGUUAUGAAAUAGCCCUUCCGUUUAAGGCUGAAAGCGUUCGGCUUCCAAAUAACAGAGCCCUAGCAGAGAGACGAGCCAUAGGUCUCAAAAAGAGACUGGAAAGAGACCCAGCCCUCCACAUUCGUUACACUCAAUACAUGAACGGGCUAUUAGAAAAGGGUCACGCCGAGCCAGCGUCAAUGGCAUAUCCUCCAGAAGAAGGCAAAAUGUGGUAUAUUCCCCAUCAUUCGGUUCAGCACCCGGCUAAGCCCGAGAAAACAAGAGUGGUUUUUGACGGUUCGGCAAGGUACGGCGGAACAUCCUUGAAUGAUCAGCUUCUACAGGGUCCAAAUUUGUCAAAUACUUUGAUCGGUGUUCUCAUCAGGUUCAGGAAGGAACGGGUCGCAUUUAUGGCGGAUAUUCAAGAAAUGUUUUAUCAGGUACAAGUACCAUCAACCGACGUCAAUUUCUACAGAUUCCUAUGGUGGCCAGAGGGUGAUACAACAAGGGAAUUGGAGGACUUUGUCAUGAAAAAACACAUUUUUGGCAGUGUAUCGUCUCCGGGUUGUGCCAACUUCGCACUACAAAAAUGUGCACAAGACAAUCACACGUUCAGUCCGGAUGCGGCGAAGACUAUACAAUAUUCUUUUUAUAUUGAUGACUGUCUGAAGUCGGUGGAAAGCAUAAAUAAGGCAGUGACACUGGUCCGCGAACUCAAGCAAAUGUGCGCCAUGGGGGGAUUUAAUCUCACCAAGUUCGUUAGCAAUCAUCGAGAAGUGACAGAAUCGUUACCAGACCAUGACAAAACGGAGAAUAUGAAAGGAGCCGAGCUGGGGUGUGACACAACGGCGGAGCGUGCACUCGGCGUUCUAUGGGACUUUCAGCAAGAUAGGUUCAGAUUCAAGGUGAAAAUCCAGUCAAAACCACUCACAAGACGUGGGAUUCUUUCGGCAACAAGCUCAUUUUUUGACCCAUUGGGAAUCGCUGCUCCCGUUUUGAUGGUGCCAAAAUUGAUCCUUCAAGAACUAUGUACAUUGAAUCUUGGCUGGGAUGACAUUAUUCCCAUGCCUCUGCAACAAAAAUGGCUUCGGUGGCACUCCUCCCUUUGCCAGCUGGAACUCUUCAGUGUAGAGCGGUGCAUGAAACCAGGAGAUUUUGGUCGUGUCUUAUCCACACAAAUACAUCACUUCGCAGAUGCUAGCCAAGCUGGUUACGGCGCGGUAUCAUACCUCCGACAAGUGGAUGAUAACGGGAAAAUCCACUGCUCUUUUCUCAUUGGAAAGGCGCGCGUGGCGCCGCUGAAAAGUGUCACCAUUCCUCGAAUGGAGCUCACUGCUGCGACUUUAGCAGUGCGCCUUGACUUAGUUGUGAAAGAAGAACUCCAAACAGUUGUCGACUCGACAGUUUUCUGGACCGAUAGUACAACUGUUCUUCGUUAUAUCAAGAACAAAACAAGUAGAUUUCAUAUUUAUGUAGCAAAUCGCAUUGGUUACAUUCUUGAACACAGCGACGAGAACCAGUGGAAAUACGUUACUUCAAAGGUGAAUCCUGCUGAUGAAGCCUCACGAAGCACAACGGUGGAAAAGUUUUUGAAUGAGUCGAUGUGGGUUCGUGGGCCAGAGUUCCUGACGCUUCCUGAAGAUAAGUGGCCAGAGCAGCCAUUCAAAGAACUUGAAACAGUGAUGGAUGGUGACCCUGAAGUAAAAAUGCCAAAACUGGUGUCAGCGACGUCCACCGAAACACAGCCAACUGACAAGCUACUGCAACAUUAUUCCAACUGGUACCGCCUUAAAAGAGCUGUAGCUUACUAUAUGCGAUUGAAACAAGUCUUGCGUGAUCGUAUCAAGAAGGAAGAGAAGCCAGAGAGCAGAAACGUCACCAAUGGAGGCAUAGCGAGUGACUUGUCUGUCGAAGAACUUCAAAGUGCUGAAAUGUGCAUUGUCAAGUACGUUCAAGCAGGAUCCUUUUCAGAAGAGUUGGCCGUUCUUCAUUCUCCAGAGCACAAGAAAAUAACCAAGAAGAGUAACAUCUACCGGCUAGAUCCAGUCUGUGAGAGCGGUGUGCUACGGGUCGGUGGUCGACUAAGUCAUGCUUACGCCUCAGAAGCAUCACACCCAGCGAUUCUGCCAGCAAGGUCUCAUGUGACUGAUUUGAUUAUCUCAGACACACAUCGCAAGAUCGGCCACAGUGGACGUCUCCAUGUCUUGUCAGUGAUUAGGGAACGGUUCUGGAUUAUUCGCGGAAUGGCUGCGGUGCGCCGCGUGCUGUCACGUUGCGUAUUCUGUCGCAGACUACACGGCCGUCCUUUAACACAGAAAAUGGCUGAUCUCCCGCAAGACCGCGUCACCCCGGACUUGACGCCAUUCGCGGUCACUGGAGUCGACUUAUUCGGACCUUUUUAUGUCAAAAGAGGUAGAGCCACAGUGAAACGGUUUGGUGUCAUAUUUGUGUGCCAAAAAAUCCGCGCUGUACAUCUGGAAGUUGUACACUCCUUGACGACUCAUUCCUUCAUAAACGCGUUGCGUCGUUUCAUGGCCAGACGAGGGGCAGUAAGGAUAAUCAGAUGUGACAACGGCACAAAUUUCGUGGGAGCCCGCCGGGAGCUGAAGGAAGAGAUCCGCAACUGGAAUCAGCAGCAAAUAGAAGACGAACUUCUGCAGAAAGAGGUAAAAUGGAUUUUUAACGCACCGGGCGCCUCGCACCACGGAGGAACAUGGGAACGCCUGAUUCGCGAAACGAGGAAAAUAUUGAACUUUCUGCUGCAGCAAAAGACUUUAGAGGAUGAGUGCUUAUCCACCUUCAUGUGUGAGGUAGAGGCGAUUUUGAACGGACGCCCGCUCACACCUGUCUCAGAUGACCCAAGGGACUUGGAAGCGCUCACACCUAACCAUCUGCUCAUCUACCGUUCGGCACAGCCAUUGCCACCCGGUAUCUUCUCAGAAGCCGACUCGUUUUCAAGAAAGCGAUGGAAACUAGUUCAGUACCUUGCGACGGAAUUCUGGCGCCGUUGGAAGAAGGAAUACGUCAGUUCACUUCAAGUACGACAAAAGUGGAUCCAGCCUCAGAGAAAUUUGCGUGAAAAUGACAUGGUUCUCCUGGUAGACGCAGACUCGUCUCGCAACGAAUGGAAAAUGGGAAGAGUGAUCAACGUGUAUCCUGACGCAAAGGGCAAUGUUCGUGUCGCAGAAGUGAGGACGAGCACCUCCAUUCUUAGAAGGCCGAUCAGCAAGCUUGUGCUCCUCUUACCAGAAGACGGCGCGAGCACGUGCUGAAACGGGGGAGGGGGUAAAGAGGCGGUGCUGCAUUAGUUUCAGCACGGAAUCAGGUUGCGCCUUUUUACGACCUAAAUUUCUCGUGCUCCGUCUGU